AUGUCAUUUGAAAGGCCAAGUGUUUAUUCUGCUCCAGUUUUACAAGGAGAUGAUCCAGAUGAUAAUUCUUUCAAUGAAAUUACAAGAGCAUUCAGAUCUUUUAUUUUAGAGUUCAGAUUGGAUUCCCAAUUUAUAUAUAGAGAUCAAUUGAGGGAAAAUUUAUUAUUAAAUAAUUAUUAUUUGAAAGUCGAUAGUGAACAUAUAAUUGGCUUCAAUGAUGAAUUGAACAAGAAAUUGACGGAUGACCCGUCUGAAAUGAUACCAUUGUUUGAAAAUGCUAUUACAGAUAUUGCGAAAAGAAUUGCUUAUUUAUCAAAAGAUGAAGUACCAAAUAAUUUCCCAACUUGUCAACUAAUUUUAUAUUCGCAAGCCAAUAAAGUAAGUAUUAGAAACUUAGAUUCUGAACAUAUCGCGAAAAUAGUGAGAAUAAGUGGUAUAAUUAUUUCAGCGUCAGUAUUAUCAUCUAGAGCUACUCAGGUUCAAUUAAUAUGUCGUCAAUGUAAGCAUACUAUGCAAAUGAAAAUAAAAAAUGGGUUUGGAUCAAUUCAAUUACCAAAAUGUCAGAGUCCUCAUAAUGCUGAUCCAAAUUCAACUCAAGACAAAUGUCCACUAGAUUCAUAUGUCAUCGAUCAUGAUAAAUCCACAUUCGUAGAUCAACAAGUUUUAAAAUUACAAGAAGCUCCUGAUAUGGUUCCAGUUGGUGAAAUGCCUCGUCAUAUAUUGUUACAAAGCGAUAGAUAUUUAACAAAUCAAGUUGUUCCAGGGACAAGAGUUACUAUUGUUGGUAUUUAUUCCAUUUUCCAAGCAAAAGUUCAAGGUAAAGACAAGUCCGGAGCAAGCAGUGUAGCUAUUAGAAAUCCUUAUUUGAAAGUUUUGGGUUAUCAAACAGAUCUUGAUAGCGGAGCAAAUGGUCAAGGUAUAAUUUUUAGUGAAGAAGAAGAAGAAGAAUUUUUGAAAUUGUCAAGAAUGUCUAAUUUAUAUGAAGUGUUUGCAAAUUCCAUCGCUCCAUCAAUUUAUGGUAAUCAAGAUAUUAAAAAAGCUAUAACAUGUUUGCUCAUGGGUGGAUCGAAAAAAAUUUUACCCGAUGGUAUGAGACUUAGAGGAGAUAUUAAUGUUUUGUUACUUGGUGAUCCUGGUACUGCUAAAUCUCAAUUAUUAAAAUUUGUUGAAAAAAUUGCACCAAUUUCCGUUUAUACAUCUGGUAAAGGUUCAUCAGCUGCAGGUUUAACCGCAUCUGUGCAAAGGGAUCCACAAACAAGAGAUUUCUAUCUAGAAGGUGGUGCUAUGGUUUUAGCUGAUGGAGGUGUGGUUUGUAUCGAUGAAUUUGAUAAGAUGAGAGAUGAAGAUAGAGUGGCUAUACAUGAAGCUAUGGAGCAACAAACUAUAUCUAUUGCAAAAGCUGGUAUUACUACAAUUUUAAAUUCAAGAACUUCUGUUUUAGCUGCUGCAAACCCUGUAUAUGGUAGGUAUGACGAAUUUAAAUCACCUGGUGAAAACAUUGAUUUCCAAAGUACAAUUUUAUCAAGAUUUGAUAUGAUUUUUAUUGUCAAAGACGAUCAUAAUGAAAGAAGGGAUAUUUCAAUUGCACAACAUGUUAUGAAUGUACAUGCAGGUGGAAAAACUCAAGAAUUACAACAAGAAGGUGAAAUACCUAUUGAAACUAUGAAAAGAUAUAUUCAGUAUGUUAAGUUAAGAUGUGCACCAAGAUUAACUGCAGAGGCUUCUGAAAGAUUGUCAUCACAUUUUGUAUCUAUCAGAAGAAGACUACAAAUUAAUGAAAGUGAAAUGAAUGAAAGAUCUUCCAUUCCAAUUACGGUCCGUCAGUUAGAAGCUAUUAUACGUAUAACUGAAUCUUUAGCUAAAUUGAGAUUGAGUCCAAUUGCAACUGAAGAGCAUGUGGAAGAAGCUAUUAGGUUAUUUACUGCUUCUACAAUGGAUGCUGUGGAUCAAGGUGUAGGAAAUAUAAAUGAUGCUUCUUUGAAUGCUGAAAUUAAAAAAGUAGAACAAGAGUUAAGAAGAAGAUUACCUAUUGGAUGGUCCACUGCUUACAGAACUUUAAGAAAAGAAUUUGUUGAUUCUGGAAAAGCUAGUAGUUCUGCUUUAGAAAAGGCAUUAUAUAUCAUGGAAAGACAUGAUGUUAUUAAAUUUAGACAUCAAGGUCAAAACAUAUUAAGAGUUGGUGUAUAG